AUGGCACUCUUUGUCAAAGUUGCGUUGCUUACCUUGCUAGCUCGAGUCUUCAACGCAUCCAAGAAAUGGAGACUAGCCAUAUAUAUCGUUCUCGGAAUUGUGUUGGCUUAUUAUAUCCCAGCUUUUUUCAUAAAAGUGCUAAUAUGUAAUCCAAUAUCUGCAUAUUGGAACGGAAUUAACGGGCAUGCUACCUGUAUCAACCAGGGUAAAGUUAUAACGGCAGAUUCUGCCAUCAGUGUUGUUACGGAUCUAGCAAUUUUGAUCCUCCCAUUCCCAUUAACCUGGUCCCUUCAUAUGCCAGUGGGGAAAAAGAUAAAAGUCAUUGGACUUCUAAGCGCUGGUGGCCUUGCCACUGGGUUUAGUUUGUAUCGAUUGAUUAUGAUUAUACGAGAAGGAGAAUCCCCAGACCAGACAAUGGUCUUUACCAAAGUUGUUCUUACAGGAAAAUGCCGAAGGGGCAAUUGGGCUGAUAUGUGCAUGUCUUCCGGCGUUAAACAUUUUGAUCAGUCGAUCUUUGGACUUCACAUGUUGGUUACGAAUGAAAAGAUAUGA